GCUAUUCUACACCUGUACAGCCGGCGCUCAUCACAGCUGACUCACUACGAGAGGAAACAAACCUUGUUCCGGAUCCUCCGUUCAGGAUCAAGAAUCAUCUAUUCACAGCAAAUAUAAUGGAUUUAGACCAGUCGCCUGAGUUGGCAGAGAAAACCCAAGACCAUGAAGAGGGUGACUGGCUUCUUGACAGGGAAGACACUUCUGUGCCGAUGGAUACCCGCGUUUCACUGUCGAGUCAGUGUGAUGAUACUAUCGACGAAGGCUUGGGCACAGUGUUCACAAGAGAGAGAGUAUUUGACGCAGCAUCAGAAGGGGACGUGACUCAACUUUACGGCCUGCUGGACUAUCUUCGAAGUAACAACAAGCGACUAACCAGCCCAGAAUUCAUAGAUGAAAAAAAUGGGAAAACCGCACUGUUAAAAGCUUUGCUGAACCUGAAAAAUGGAAAAAAUGACACCAUUGAAGUCUUCCUCGAUAUAGCAGAGAAAACCGGAGAUUUGGACAACUUAAUUAAUGCAGCUUACACAGACAGCUACUACAAAGGUCAGACAGCUUUGCACAUCGCCAUUGAAAGAAGAAGCUUUGACUAUGUGAAACUUCUAGUCCAGAAAGGUGCAGAUGUGCAAGCUAAAGCCAAUGGGAAGUUCUUCAAGUACAAUACAGGAACAGGUUUUUAUUUUGGCGAGCUUGCUUUCUCGCUGGCUGCGUGCACCAACCAGCUGAACAUCAUGUCCUUCCUCAUGGAAACAGCCGACUUGACUGACACAGACUCCGAGGGAAACACCGUGCUGCACGCUUUGGUGGUCAUAGCUGAUAAUACAACAGAAAACACUGAGAUUAUUGCAAAGGCUUAUGACGAGAUCAUCAUUCAGCGCCACACCCUCAAGGCAAAAACGGGCAAGGAAUGUGUCCAGUUGGAAACCAUUAAAAAUAAUCAGGGGUUGACUCCUCUGAAGUUAGCAGCAAAGCUAGGCAAGAUUUGGCUGUUCAAGCACAUAUUGCAACGGGAAUUUGUGGAUGAAGAAACAAAACUGCUGUCAAGGAAGUUCACUGAAUGGGUGUACGGGCCAGUCCACUCCUCACUGUAUGACAUGACGUCCUUGGACACAGAUGAAGAGAACUCUGUGUUGGAGAUUAUUGUCUUUGGAAGUGAAAAUCCUAGCCGUCACGAGAUGCUGCAGUUUGAGCCUCUGCGCAGUCUUCUUGAGGAUAAAUGGGACAAGUUUGCUUCUAAACUGUUCUUGAUGAAUUUUCUGUUUUACGUGGUAUAUUUGGGAAUCUUCACUGCUGUGGCCUUCUAUAGAAAAGAAGGAAAGCCACCGUUUCCCAUUGAAAAAUUCCCCGAUGAUUACUUGCGUUGUGCUGGUGAGCUAAUCAGCGUUCUUGGAGGAGUGUACUUUUUCAUUAAAUCGAUAAUUAUUUUCAAGAGAAACCCCCCAAACUGGAAGGCCCUAUAUGUUGAUGGAUUCAGUGAAAUGCUGUUUUUCCUGCAGGCCGUGCUUCUUCUGAUCUGUGCAGUCUUGUACCUCAGUGGAAGGAAAGAAUAUGUUGGGCCUUUGGUACUUUCUCUGUCUGUUGCCUGGAUCAACAUUCUUCACUACACAUGAGGGUCCAAACAGUUGGGGAUAUACAACGUCAUGAUGCAAAGAAUGAUCCUGAGUGAUAUCUUGCACUUCCUGCUGGUCUAUGCUGUCUUCCUUUUUGGCUUUUCUGCUGCUGUCGUUUCUCUCACAAUGGACACGCCGCCAGAAGUGGUCAACGACACAGCGGAAAUCAAGCCGAAUCCUGUUGUCUUAUCCUGUGACAAGCCAACUUACAAUAACUUCCGCUAUACACUUCUGGAAAUGUUCAAAUUCACAAUUGGCAUGGGAGACUUGCAGUUCAAUCAUCACGUUCUGUACAAGGAAGUAUUCUACAUAAUACUCAUCUUGUAUAUCGCUCUCACCUACAUCCUGCUGCUCAACAUGCUGAUCGCACUCAUGGGCAACACCGUGGAAACACUCUUCAGAAAGACUGAAAACAUCUGGAAACUGCAGAGGGCCAUUACAAUUUUGGAUAUGGAGAGUUCUUUACCCUGGGCCCUGAGAAGAAAACUAUACUCAGGAGUGGAGAAGACGCUGUCUGUCAACAACAAGCAUGGAACCCGCCGGAGGUUUUUCAGGGUGGAGGAAACGAACUGGAAAAAAUGGCGGUCAGAUCUGGGUGUCAUCCAAGAGGAAGAUUUUGGGGAUGAUGUCAUAGAGCCUCCACCAAAACACAGGUUUCACAGAAUGACCAGGAAUUUAUGGACAUUACAUCCGGCCUUGGAGAGGAUUCAUGCCAGAUAUCACCCACCUCAGCAAGGCGUGGUCUGAAGACAUCGCUGAACCAAAGCUUAAGUGGGCUUUUAAAGCUGGGCUUGUAGUCACACAUGUUUAAAAGUACCUCCCAACUGGCUCAUUUAGAAGUAACUCUAAAACUGAUUAAAUAUUACAUUGCAUUACAUAUAUUUUUGUGUCACACAAAAUGUGAAACAUCUUAGUUACACAACACACCGCAACUACACAGAGCCCAUGAAAAGCACUCACUACUACAGACUUUUAUGUGGUUCUUAUUGCAUUUUAUGAAAUUAAACCAAUAAAAAAUAAAUAAAAUAAAAUAACAAACAGGUAUCUUUGUCAUGCUUCCACCUGCUGUAGAUUCUGGAUAUGCAAGACUGAGAUGAUUUGGAAUUUGAUCUUCAUUUCACUGAAAAAUUAUAGGCAUCACAAAAUAACUGGUGCACUGAUAUCAUGGUUCCAUAAACUGUUUCCAGGUGUCAUUCACUGACAAAGAUUGAGGUCAUUGAGGGUUGAACAUCAUUGCCAAGAGGUCAGUCUUUCCAUUCUUUCAUCGCCUACACAAACAUUUGUAAUGGCCGAGUCCAGGAUGUCACUGAAAACCUGUAUGAUGUUGUUUUUUUUUCAUCCAGAACAACAAAACCAGGUUCUACUGAUUCUGCAUACAGGCACAUCUUAAAUAAAUAAAUAAAUAAAUAAAAUUGAAUAUUGCGAAAAAAAAAUUAUAUAUUCUAGAAUCACUACAUAUAAACAUAAAAUGUUUCAACCAUUUUUAAAAAAACAUAACAUUAAAAAGUUUUUAUUUUAACUUUGAUAAUUACAGCCUUUAGAUACCAAAAAAAAAGAAAGAAAAAAGGAGAAAAGGAAAGGGAAAAAAGACCCAUAUCUCAAAACAUUAUGUAGCAGGAUGAAGUCCGGAUUG